AUGCCCACUUUUACGCCGCUUGCGGCAACGAACGAGAAGAGCGCCAAGAUCCCAGUGGUCUGGCACGAAGAAGAAGAAGAAGAAGAAGAGGAGCCGGUGGCCGAGAACCGCGGAAUUGUCGCAUUCAUCUUCAAUGUGAGCUCUCUCUCUCUCUCGCUCGCAUCAAAAUAUAAUUGGUUUCGUUUUGCAGAGUCGAAACGCGCAACACGCGAAGCUGCUGGUGCUCACCGCAUUGGCUCUAAUUCAUUUUUAUUUCCUCAAUGACUUCCUUGUCAAAUUCGCGGCGAUGGACCGUCUUACGAGGGACGUCGAUUACGUCAGACACUCCAACAUGGACAAUCGGAUGGACGUCUCUUCCGUGAAGUACACCUUCCAGGGAUUCAUUGAUGUGAGUUCGAACGUGCAGGCAUACGGUAGCCCUCAUCUCUCGACUUUCAGUACAAAAAGAACCUGUGGAUGACCGUCGGCGCGAUGUGUGCUUCGCUCGCCACCACGACCUCGCUGCUCACCAUCUACAGCGGUCCCCGUGACGCGUUCAACCGCGCCGCGAUGGUCGUCAUCCGCGUGUUCGACCUCUGCGCCUUCCUCUUCAUCGCCUUCCUGCUCUUCGCCCGCAUCUCCGCCGCCGUUAUCAUCACUCACACGACUCAAUAUUCGCUGCGUGCCGCCGGUCGCAUCUCCGACAGUCUGAUCACAGACCUCGGCAACGCUCUCUCCUGCACCAUCGAACAACGCGAUGAUCUUCCGAUUUGCAACCGCGCUAUCAUCGACUCGAUCUUCCCCGUCAAACUCAUCGAAUACCUCAUCAUCCUGUGCCUUCUGACCGGCGCCUACAUCGGAUUGGGUGAGUUUUCUUCCCUUCCGUCCGUUUCUCAAUCCUUCCCUUUCAGCCUACCUCAUCGAGUGGUGCAUCCGCCAUUUCUUCCCGCCGACUCACUCGAAACUCACUCCGAUCAGCGCCAUCUCCCGCAACCUGAUCACCGGCUCCCAGGGCUCGAACUUGGACGACUCCGUGCUCAUCGCCGCCUAA